UCAUUUAUCUAGCCCUAAUUUCCCUUGACAGCGCAGUGCUCUUAUCUUCGCUGGCGCUCUCUCUCUCUCUCUCUCUGCGCUCGGGUUGAAUAGUCUGGUCUGGGUGAUUGGGAAAUGGCUUUCAAGCGUAAGAGGGAAUCUGGCGACGGGGGUGAGCAGUCGGGCUUGGUGUCACGGUCAGCUGCUGCUGAUUCGUCUUCGGAUACGAAGAUGGUUUGCUCGAUUAUCUCUCACCUGGAAAAACCUAUUGCCUAUGAGAUUUACUUAAUAGAUGUUAGGGAUAUUGGUUGUAAUUCUGGUAGCAGCACGAGCCAUGAUGAUAUCGAUUGGACAAAACAACAGAUACAAAAUUUAACUCCUGCCAUCGAAUUGCCCAGCGAUAAAUAUCCGAUGUCCAUGGGAUUUUUCAAUGUGGGCUCUAGGGUUUAUAUGGUCGGUGGUGAAAGAGUAACUGCUUCUCCCCAUACAAGGAGUGAGAAAGAUACACACCUUGACCGCUCUGUCUAUGUAUGUGAUACCGCAUCCCCACCGCCACUAUCUGUUAUGCCAGCACGUCGCAUGAACGGUGGCAAGCGUCACCCUUUUGUUUCCCAUGUCAAUGGCAAGUUUUAUGUCCUCUCCGCCCACCCGACUCGUUCUACCCACUUCACUAACAAGACGCUGUUGUUCGAGUCUUUUGAGCCAAAUGCUGAAAUGUGGUCUGCUUUGCCAAACCCUCCUUUUUACGACUAUGGGGAGUGUCCUAAUCGUGGUAGCCCCGGACUGAUCAAAUCCAAUACUGUGGUUCACUCUAAGAUCUUUUACUAUACCACUCACGAAGAUUUCUUGUAUGCUUUUAAUACAGACCGCUCCGAAUGGGAGACUUUCAAUAUGUCCACGUAUAAAUGGGAGAAUUUUCCCUUCAGGAGUGGAGCACCUAUUUCGAUACCUGACUACGGUAUGUGGUCUACUGUUGGUUAUCCUUUAACCUCUCAUGCUCUCAUACCAGAAAAAGGAUUUGUCAGCAAGGGGGUCGAAGGUCUCACCACACUGUUAAAUCAUCACCCAAGCCUUUCCUAUUCUGUGGACGUACAUGUGCUUGACUCGAAAAACGGAUGGUUUUGUCUUUUGAAAUCCGGCUGCCAUGCUCAUUCGUAUGCUGGAGGGAAGCCGUCGCUUCUUGCUUGUGUGUUCCGCCUUGUGGAAAAUCGCAAGGACAAGGUACCCGCUUUCGAAGUAUAUCCUUUUCCGUCUCAAGUUAAGUUCCCUGCACUGGGAGAAGGUGCUCGUCCAGACCACGAGAGGAUUGUUGGAGAGACGUCCGUACUAGCUGCUACAGACCUUCGUUGCUCCCUGUUUAAGGUUGAGUCCAAACACUUUGAGGAGGAAUCUGUCUUUUCUACUUCCUUUCUCUUGUGAACAAAAGCUCGAGUGAUUUAAUGGUGAUGGUGGCUUUCUUCAUUUGGAUUGGGGACAGAGUCUUGUAGUAGUUUUGUGGGUUUUCUAGCUCCUACCAUUUUACUGGCUGUAAUAGUUAAGAUUUCAGCUUUGGUUGAUGUUUAAUACUUAUUACUCUGAUGUGACACUCUUAACUAAUUUUGAAUCUUACUACUCAUAUACUAGGAUUGUGGAUGUGGUUUGGGCCAUUUAGUCUCCCUAUGCUCAGUUUAGUUGUUUCAUGAAACAUUAUAGUAAAUGAUGAUUAUGAUUU